AUGGCAUAUUCAAGCAGCUCAAACGAAAUUGGACAAUUUUUAGAUAAGGCUGGAGCAGUUGAAAAAAACAUUGAUAUUAUAAAAGCCAGCAUUUCUCGUAUCCAGGAGUUACAAACACUCAUUUUAGGAAGUACAUUGAUACAGAAAGAAGAGUCUUAUAGACAAGAGCGUGAUGGACUCAUAAAUUAUACACGACAAUUGAUUAUUGAAAAUAAAAAUAGUAUUAAGCAGCUGGAAGAUGAAAAUGCACGACUUCAUAUAUCGGAUCCUAAUUAUGAACUCCAUAAACGAAGGCAAGAAUUUUUAAGAGAAAAGCUCGCAAAUGCAGUCAGCGAAUACCAAGAUGUUGCAAGCGCUUAUAUACGUCAACAGGAAGACCGAAUGGCACGACAGUACAAAGUUGUAAACCCGAAUGCAACCCAACAAGAAAUCAAUGAUUAUUUGUCAAAUCCGACACAACCUGUUUUUCAACAGGCUAUUUUACGUACCGGAGAAGCGCAUUCUGUAUUGAACCAAGUAAAAAAACGACAUGAAGACAUUAAAAAUAUCGAACAAACCAUUAGCGAGCUCGCAGCCCUCUUAAAAGAAUUACAGCUUCAAGUUGAAGAACAAGACCCAACUAUCGGUCGAAUUGAAGAACAAGCGGAAAAAACCGCAAGCAAAUUGGAAAAAGCAGGAGAUAAUUUGAAUAUGGCACGUUUGAGUGCAAUGUCAGCCAGAAAAAAGAAAUGGAUUUGUCUUGGAAUACUUCUUAUUAUUACAGCCAUUUUAGUCAUCAUUAUUAUUGUUAAAGUUCCGAAAUCGAAUUCAAGUUCUUCGAAAAGUACAGAAAUUCAUACCACUGUUACAUCAUCUCCUCUCCCAACAUCAGCACUAUAA